AUGCAGCUGUCACUCUCCUUCUGGAACCGAACCGGCUCUGUCGCUGCCGCUAUUUCUUCUCCGCCAGCCUCAACAAUCAAGCCAAGGCAGCGGGAUCGGUUCCAGUCGCGACACUCCCGACAGUGCAAUGCAACCCCAUCUCGGGCCGACAAGCGUCGCAUUAACGAGCUUCCAAACGAUGGGCAGGAUUCGGCACCAAGUGCGAUCGACCAGCUAGGCAAAAACCCACUCGGCAUCCGCACCUGCACCGAAACGAGCUCGGGGUCGUCCGAGAAAGACAGACGAGGAGAAGGAGAAGACGGCCAAAGCCCAGGCAAAACAAGCACAAGAGAUAGCACAAGACGAAGCGGCGAAGAAACGACAAGAUGAAGAACAAGCAAGGCAACGAGAGGAGGCGGUGAUGGGGGAGGGGGUGAUCCGUUCGAUGGCGAUGAGGACGACGGGGUCGCCUCCGCCCAGAGCGAAGGCCGGUGGGAACAUCCCAAAUGGCUUACAGAGCUCUACAAUUCCAAACGCGAGAUGAUCAAAGCCGCUAAUGGAUCCGGGGCGAAUCGUUCCACCAAUUGUUGCAUGGUUGGCUUCCGACCAAAACUGUGUGUGUGGGCUCGAUUUUACGACACUCGACGCUCUCGCAAUAAGAUCCAGAUCUUCGAUCCGUCAUUUUUUAUUGAGAUCCGCUGCUUUUGAUGGUUCAACCAGACAGUGUCCUGGCCGGACUGAAGUGCCAUAACUGCCAGCAGACGGAAUCGACUCUGAAAAAAGGCGUCUUGCGGCGAGACGGCUUUAUCGAUCGGCCUCGCCGAGCAUGCGACCUCAACAACUCAGUGUUCCUCAUCGGCGUCUUAUAUCGAUGCAACAACAAGAAAUGCAACAAGAAGUGCCGGUCUUGGUCGCCCGAGGUGCUCAAUCAAUAUUUUGAAAGGUGGAAAGGGAACAACGAACGAAGCGAGGAUGAUUGA